AUGGCUGCCACUAGUCAUAAACUGCCUCAAUCAUUUUCAGCGGUUGAUUCUAUCUAUUGGAAUAAACUACCUCGCCAUGUUGCUGUAGUGAUUGACAAUACUCUUCUUGAAUUCGCUGGUGCAGCAUCGGAUUCAUCUAUAAUCGAUACAUCACUUGGCUUGGUCAAAAACACUUGCAAUGAAUCAUCUACUUUUUUACGGCGCAAAUCAAAUGCAUUAUUAUCAGGGAUUCCAUGUCAGCCUGAAUCAUCUAUUCAUUCGUUGGAUGGUAUAUUUGCAUCGAUGCUUGAUAUUCUUUAUUUGAACGUGAGUCUAGGAGUUGAGCAUCUGACUCUAUAUGAUGAAUAUGGAGUUUUGAAAUCGCAUGCACGACUCCUUUUACAUUUACUUGAAACCAACUCAAAGCUCGAAACAGGCUUUGAGGAUGAACUUGUUGCUACUGUCCGCAUCAUGGUAGAUCAUUGCUUGGUUUGGGAUGUUAUUGGAUUUGUAGAUCUGACGGUUUAUUUCAAGUCGCAGUCGGAUUCAAAAGAUGCCAUAGUGCGCGCAGUCUGUGAUUUGUCGCGGAAUGACUAUCCAUGCACAUUAGAGGACGUUCGAGAUCGGUUAUUAGAGGAUUUUCCGUUGAACAGCGAUCCAGAUCUGGUGUAUAUCAUUGGAGGCAAGACUGGGUUUCAACUACAUAAUUAUUGUCCAUGGUCGAUCCGCUUAUCCGAAUUCCAUCAUGUACCGUCACUCGACUAUUAUGGCAGAGUGGACAUGAGGGAUAUAUUUCAAGGAAUGAAAGAUUAUUCAAAGUGUGAGCAGCGCUUUGGAAAAUAA